GGCCGCCGCUGCUGCGGAAAGCUGGGCUCUGGCUCUCUGAGUCGAUUGUGACCAUGGCUGCUGAAUCUGAUGUUCUGCACUUCCAGUUUGAGCAGCAAGGAGAUGUAGUCUUGCAGAAAAUGAAUCUCUUGAGACAACAGAAUUUAUUUUGUGAUGUGUCAAUUUAUAUUAAUGACACCGAGUUCCAGGGGCAUAAGGUGAUUUUAGCUGCUUGCUCCACUUUCAUGAGAGAUCAGUUUUUACUCACACAGUCAAAACAUGUCAGGAUCACCAUCUUACAGAGUGCAGAAGUUGGCAGAAAACUGUUGCUGUCUUGCUAUACAGGAGCACUUGAAGUUAAAAGGAAAGAGCUUUUGAAAUAUUUGACUGCUGCUAGUUACCUGCAGAUGGUUCACAUUGUGGAAAAGUGCACAGAAGCUUUGUCAAAGUAUCUGGAAAUUGAUCUUUCUAUGAAAAAUAACAAUCAGCAUACCGACCUGUGUCAGUCCUCUGAUCCAGAUGUUAAAAAUGAAGAAGAAAAUUCAGAUAAAGACUGUGAGAUAAUUGAAAUUUCAGAAGACAGUCCCAUAAACAUAGAUUUUCACGUAAAAGAAGAAGAAAACAAUGUUUUACAGUCUACAGCAGAGUUGACACCAGAGAGAAAGGAAAUCAAGUCACCAGAGCUAUCUUCAGUAGAUAUUGGUUUUAAAGAUAAUGAAAUUUGUAUCCUCCAUGUGGAAUCUAUCAGUACUGCUGGUGUAGAAAAUGGGGAGUUUUCACAGCCUUGUACCUCUUCGAAAGCAACCAUGUAUUUCCCUGAAACACAGCAUUCACUGAUCAAUUCUACAGUUGAGAGCAGAGUGGCAGAAGUUCCUGGGAAUCAAGAUCAGAGCUUAUUCUGUGAGAAUACUGAAGGAAGUCAUGGUACAGUGAAUGAGAUUCAGAACCUGGAGGAUGCUUAUUCACUGAGGCACCAGUGCCCCAGGUGUCCCCGAGGAUUUCUUCACGUUGAAAACUAUUUGCGCCACCUUAAGAUGCAUAAACUGUUCUUGUGCUUACAAUGCGGGAAAACAUUUACCCAGAAGAAAAAUCUGAACCGGCACAUUCGAGGACACAUGGGCAUACGGCCCUUUCAGUGCACUGUGUGCUUGAAGACCUUUACUGCCAAAAGCACACUUCAGGACCACUUGAACAUACACAGCGGAGAUCGCCCAUACAAAUGCCACUGUUGUGACAUGGAUUUCAAGCACAAAUCUGCCCUCAAAAAGCACUUAACCUCUGUCCAUGGCAGAAGUAGUAGUGAAAAACUACCCAGGCAUGAUCUCAAAAGCCAAAAUCUACUAUAAUUAGAACCACACAUUGCUGUGUAAGCCUUGUAUCAUUCUGUUGGGCAAGCUUUUCUAUAGAAAUGCAGCAUCUGUUAUAUUGCAUUCCUCCCUGCAUCUUUGGGUCUUAAUUUCGGUCUGCCUACACAUGUUAUUCUUUUUGAACUUCUACUACCAGUUCCAAAGUGUGGGAGACAUGAUAAAGCUAAUGGGAUGCUGUCUUAUCUCAUGUAUUAUAUCUAGAAAUACCACUAUCUCAAGUGGUAUAUCUAGAGAAAUAAUGUUCCUCUCUUAAAUAUUCUUGAUUCUAGUGACAGAGGAUCCAGCAGUAUUCCUAGAUUCUGAUUUUGAGUCUCUAGAUAAAUGAUAUAAAUGUAAAAUCCCAACCAUAUAAUAAUUUUUAGGAAUUAGGAUAACAGGAAGAGAAAAUAAAACAUGCUAUAAUCCAUUAUUAGUUCUUUGUAGGACUAGUGAAAUAUAUAUAUACAUAUAUAUGUAUAUAUACUUUUUUUUUUUAACUACUGUUGGAUUCUAAACUAAGCACCAAGGUACUUGUUUUAAACUGUGAGUGUGUGUUUUAAACACACUUCAAAUUCACUUGAAAGUAGCGGGAUUUCCUUGUACUUGGCUAAUCUUCCUUAAAAUGAUGUUUCCAUGAUUUGUUAGUAUAUAUAAUUUGAAACAAUUAAUUGGGUCCAAGUUUCCUGAUUUUAUUUAAUACAGUUGUAUUUAGUAAUUUUAUGACCAGUGAAAUUAUAUCAUUGGCGUGAAGCUCUGAAAAAUUUCUUUUAGGAAUCCCAAUUCUGGGGCACCUGGGUGGUUCUCAGUCACUUAAAGA